CUUCUUUCUCGACAACUCCCCAGUAUAUAUACAAAAAUCACCAAUAUGGGUGGUGCGGCUUUGGACUAGGUGGCCGCGGCAUUGCUGCGGUCUACCUCUGUGAAUUGAACUCCAGCACGGAGUUCAAUGCCAAGAAGUCCAGCACAUCACCAGCAGAGACGCGCUGCGGGCUGGAAGUCCUCCUGGUCGAUCUGGUCUCGACUUCUCCUUCACAAUGCCAAAACAGAAGAGAGCCAAGGCAGCGAUGCCACCAUCAGCACCAGCGAUGCCACCUCAACAGGCUCCGGGCGCAAUGCCAGAGCCAUCGUUUGGUCGAUCCCAUCGGGGCUUGGAGGAAGAAAUCAUCGAGUAUCCGGAGGUUCAACGCAACGAAGCAUUAGCAACAAAGGCCAUCUAUCCUGAUGAGUUUGAGAGAAUCCACGGGCGCAAGAACGCUUGGCAGACUCGAGAGAAUCUUGCUUUCCAGGUCCGGGUGGGACCUUUGGAGGAUAAGGACUAUUUUGUCAAGUUGAUCUUUGAAUUUCCACCCGAUUAUCCCAAAGUCCUGCCAAAGAUCCAGGUCGUGACUGUCCAACCAGCAGAUGUUGAUUUGGCCAAGCAAGUUCAACACAUCAUCGCCACGUAUCCGGCACAACACUUGGGCCACGAGAUCGUCUUCGAGGUCAACCAGGCUAUCAUGGAUAUGCUUGAACAGUUCAUCUCUGCAAAGGCCAAAGCCAAAGUCGACUUCAGCCUCGAACAAGAGCGAGCAGCAAGAGAGGCGAGGGAAAGAAAACAGGUCCAAGAACAAGAGGAGAGGACACGUAAGCGACAAGACGAGGAAGCUGAAAAGCAAGAGCAAGUCCUCGCCUCUCAAGUCGCCAGUGAGAAACAACGGCGACAGAAAUCCACCUUGUAUCGGAAGACCACGGGCGAUGACAAUGCCCAAUUCUACGACGUCCCCGAAGAGCCUGUCAGAUUUGACCAAUCGAUGAUCUGCAAAGACGUCGAGACCGACACUCCUUUCAAAUUCAAAUCAGUGGCAGGAAGGACCGUUCUGUUGAAGAGAAAAGACAAAAAGGUCACCAUCGUGGCUCCUCGUGUUGAUAUCGAUGCCGUCCAAGCACCACGUCUCCUCUUGAAAGACAUCUACCUCCCCGAGUCAAUUGCCCAUAAAGCUGAUAUGCAGAAGUGGAUGGAAGAGAUCGAACAAUUGCUUGAAUCGUCCAAAGAGCAUCAUCAUCAGAACGUUGUCGACAUUCUCAACUACAAGAUCGAGCAUGUCAACUUGGAUGACGGCUCAACCCAAUGGAAUUUGGCCAUAUUGUCCGAAUACGCCAACAAAGGCUGUUUGCACGAUCUGCUGGAGCUUUCUGGACCUCUCAACUCCAACAAGAUCCGUUCUUGGACACGCCAAUUGGUUGAUGCCCUGAUGUUCUUUGACCAGCAAGGUUACGUCCACCCAGCUGUCCAUGCGGCUAAUGUCCUCAUAUUCAUGUCUCGAAGUGGAGGGAUCACUGUCAAACUGUCGGAUGGAUACGGGACCAAACUGCGCGAUCUGGUCAACAAAGCUCGUGACCCCCCUGCGCCAAAGACUACAUCUCUUCUCUGGCUUGCACCUGAAUUGAACGGGACUGUUCCAACUCGAACCAACAAGACAUGCAUUUGGGAUCUGGGAAAAGUCAUUGUGCAAAUGGCUCUUGGUAAUGAUUACCAGAAAUACUACACUUCUCCGAUCCAGGUCCUCGAAGGGACAGAUCUUGAAGAUAGUGCUGAGAGUCUAUUGGAAAGUGUAUUCCAACACAAUCCCGCCAAACGACCAACUGCGUUUGAGUUGUCACACCGCGACUUCUUCAGAAAGACACAUGAAGCAAUCUUCAGCAGAGACUCCCCCAAUCUUCCAGGAACGCCCUCGCGCCAGAGACGUCAGAGCAACAAGACUGACUCCAAGUACCACAAUGAGUGGGAGGAGCUUGACACUCUCGGCAAAGGUGGUUUUGGCAGGGUCGUUCGUGCAAGACAGAAAUUGGAUGGACAAUUUUACGCCGUCAAGAUCGUUGAAAGCACAUCGAAGCAAGCGUUGAAUGACAUUGUUGGAGAGGUCACUCUCCUUGCCAAGUUGAACCAUCCAUACAUUGUGAGAUACUACACUUCUUGGAUUGAGAAUGAGGAUGAUCAACCUGUGCGAAUGUCUACAAAGGCCAAGAAGACUCAAGCGCUCCCAGAUCUAUCAAGACGACAAGCCAUGCCACUGAGCAUAGGUCAUGAUUUCAUGGAGCCUUCUGUGUAUCGCAACCAGGGUCUCGAAUACAGCGACUCCAGCGGUGGCAUGUUUGGGUAUCAAGAUCCGCCAUCCAUUAACGAUGAAGAUGGUUGGGACAACGAGGACGAUCUCGGCAGUGAUCCUGAACCUGCCACAGGUGAAGACAUGACCUCGACGGACCCCCCCACCGAUGAUCCAUUCGAAAGAGACAUUACAUCAACUGACGCAUCCCCAUCGGUCGAGACGAAUCCUUUGGCUCGAUCCAUGCACCCUUUCCGUCCUCCAACGCCACCGAUGAUUGAAAAAUCGACACUGUACAUUCAGAUGGAGCUUUGUGACAAGCGCACAUUGUUCAAUCGAAUUCACGAAGGUCUCAGCGGUGACCCUGACAUGGUAUGGCGCUUAUUUCGACGCAUCCUCGAAGGUCUUGCACAUGUUCAUAGUAUCGGCGUGGUGCACAGAGAUCUGAAACCAGCCAACAUCUUUUUGGACUCGCACGACAAUCCCAAGCUUGGUGAUUUUGGACUUGCAACCACAGGGCAAGCGCUGUCAAAAGCAAUGCAAUCAGAAGGAGGAAUGACAAUUACACGGUCCACUGGGGUUGGUACCAAGGGCUACACUGCGCCCGAGCUCUUCCAUCAUGGCAACAAAUACGACGCAAGAGCUGACAUGUACUCGUUGGGCAUCAUCUUCUUUGAGAUGAACUAUCCUUUCAGUUCUGACAUGGAGCGAUCAGUAUUGUUGGAGAAUUUGAGAAAGCCAAUCCCUACUCUACCACCAUUCUUCAACGAUGAUUUGUACCGAAAACAGGGCGAAAUUAUCCUCCGUCUAGUUCAGCACAAGGUGAAACAACGACCUCAAGCUGCGGAGCUACUUGCCAGCGACUUGAUCCCAGAACCUCUUGAGGAUGAAAAGUUUCAACGAUACAUUGACCGAGUGGCGGCUGAUGAUCCAGCACAGUACCAAGCCUGGGUCAACAAACUCUUUGCUCAUCCAAACACAACAGUAUCCAAUCUGGCGUGGGAAGACAAGACUGCCAAACAAGUCACAAUUGGAGAGUCUCUGCUUCGAGUCCAUAUGAGCGAGCAGUUGCGGGAGAUCUUCCGACGACAUGGUGCUAUUGAAGUCAGCCGACAAGGCGUCUUCCCCAAGGCUGAAUUCUAUCCUAAUCCAGCUACAUUCCUAGACCCAUCGGGUCUUGUGGUGCAACUACCAUCGGAUUUGACUCUUCCGCUUGCAAGGACGCUGGGACAAACUCGCUGCUCUUACAGCAAGAUCUACUGUUUUGGAGAUGUCUACCGAGCAACAUCCCCUGGUCAGGAGGCAAAACAGGUCCCAGAAGUUGACUUUGACUUCAUCUCACACAAUGCAUUGGACCUAAACAUCAAGGAAGCGGAAGUCAUCAAAGUACUUGACGAGAUCUUACACGAGAUCCCAGCAUUGGCACUUCGCUCAUGGACGAUAUAUUUGAACCAUGGGGAUUUACUCGACCUGAUUCUGAAUUUCUGUCGCAUCAGAAAAGACAGUUAUUCGAAAGUCAAACAAGCGCUGUCACAUCUCAACGUCGGACCAACGACAUGGAAAGAACUUCGCGAACAACUUCGUGGUGCGGCUCUCAACAUUCCCGAGACAUGUGUGACCGAUCUUUCACGGUUCAAUUUCGACGGCCCCAUCGACCAUGUGCGGUACAAACUCACCAAAAUCUUUGGUGAAAGCGAACAUUUCAGUCGAGCAAUUCCUCAAUUGACGCGACUUGAUGAAUUAAUGUCCCUAACGAAGAAAAUGAACAUUCAGAGCGAGAUCCGCGUGGCACCACUAAGCAACAACUCCGAGCAACUGUACAAAGGCAGUCUACUCUUGCAAUGCAUCGACAACAGCUCCAAGAAAGUCAUCGCCGUUGGAGGUAGAUACGACGCCUUGAUCCAAGAAUAUCAAUCCAAACAUGAUCGAGGAUCUACCCGCGGCGUUGGAUUCCGACUGAACGUCUCUGAGGUUAUUUUCCACAUGCGGAGUCAAGUUCAGAACAUUGUGGGAGGAUCAAGAUCUUCGCUCAAAUCUGCGGCCGUUGAUCCUCGUGCAGCAGCCAUGCUGACUCGCUGCGACAUUCUGGUCACUAGCUUCGAUCCCACCACCUUGCGGACGACUUGUGUGGAGAUUGUAUCGUCUCUCUGGGCGGCAGGUCUUAGUGCAGAGUUGUCAGAGGAAUCUCGUUCUUUGGAAGAACUUGAGAUGGCAUGCAAGGACAAUGUUGGGUAUUGGGUGGUAAUUGUCCGCAGCGGAGUUGGUGAGCGUGGUUUGAAAGUGAGGAGUCCUUCAAAGGAAGAAGAUGAAGUCAAGCCAGGUGAAUUGGUCAAUUUUUUGCAGACUCGGCGGAAUUUUCGACGCAAGUAGAUAGGGUGUCUACGGAUAGAUGGAAAUAAUGAUGUUCAUAGAGCCAAGAUGGUGAUAAUCGAAUUGUUUUGUAGCAA